AUUAACGAACAACACUUGAUCGCAGGUUGUAGUGCGGCCUCUUGCGGGAGACAAACGAACAGACUCAAUUACGAACCGACACUUCCAAUCGGUUCACCCAUCUCCUCUGCUCGUUGUUCCUUCUUGAUUCUAUUCAUGGCGGCUUAAGCUAAUGUUUUUGGAAGUUUUGAGAACUAUUAUAAUUUCUUGCAGAGCUCGAAAUCCUUCAUUUUUUGGGUUUAAUUCGAUAACCACAACAAGUAUAAUGCGAGACGUCAAAGUAAAAGCUAACUCUAGGUUAGCUCAUAAAGAAGAAGAAGAAGAAAAGGAAGUUCAGAUUCUUCAAUCAGUUUCUACCAGAGAAAACGAGAUUUCUUCGUCCCUGAGCGUAAAAUCGACGCCAGAGAUCGAGAAGAAGUAUGUUCAUCGGGUAUACGACGCGAUUGCUCCACAUUUCAGCUCCACAAGGUUUGCGAAGUGGCCUAAAGUCGCUGCUUUUCUUGAAUCAUUGCCUUCUGGAUCUGUGAUUCUUGAUGCAGGUUGCGGUAACGGGAAGUAUCUGGGGCUAAACCCAAGUUGUUUCUUCAUAGGAUGUGAUAUAAGCCACCCACUGAUCAAAAUCUGUUCGGAUAAAGGCCAGGAGGUUUUGGUUGCAGACGCUGUGAAUCUUCCUUACAGAGAAGGGUUUGGCGACUCGGCAAUCUCCAUAGCGGUUUUGCAUCACUUAAGCACGGAGAACCGAAGGAAGAAAGCCAUUGAAGAACUGGUCCGGGUGGUUAAGUCAGGGGGUUUUGUUCUCAUAACGGUUUGGGCUGCAGAACAGGAAGACAAAUCGUUGCUCACAAAAUGGACACCCUUGUCUCCAAAGUAUGUUGAGGAAUGGGUCGGGCCAGGUAGUCCAAUGAACAGCCCUCGUGUGAGGAACAAUCCGUUCUUCGGUCUUGAGAGCAUCCCAGAGACUGAGGUAAGUACAAAGGAGCAAAAGGCUGAGAACAGCCCGUCCUUUGGUCUUGAGAGCAUUCCGGAAACCGAGGAGAGCAUGAGAGAGCAAAAGGCUGCUGAGAUCAUCACAGAGACCAAGAACAGCAUGGGAGAGCUUAAAGAUGAGAAAUCUAUUGAAGAAUCAUUGGAGGCUUUGAAAAUGAAUCAGCAAGAGUAUUUUGUUCCGUGGCAUUUACCGUACCACCGCGCUGAAGUGAGUGGUGCAUCUGCAUCUGCACUUGCAAGUGGGCUUGCAAAGAAAGAUGAUAGAAAAGGAGCUGUUGUGUAUAACAGAUACUACCAUGUCUUCAGUGAAGGCGAGCUUGAAAGGUUGGCAUCAGGAGUUGGCAAUGCAAUGAUAGUUGAUAGAUUUUACGACAAGUCCAAUUGGUGUAUUGUUCUUCAGAAAGCAACUUCAAACCAAGAUUGAUCAUUUGCUGAAACCAGAUUCUUUGGUUUUAAACUCAGUCAUACUUUUUCCCAUCAUUCUGACGUUGGAAUUCCAUCGCAGCCACCAUCGGUGGUUUCCAUAUGUAAUCGAAGCAUAUUUUAUGGUUUUGAGAUUCUGUGGCAGCUCAUUUGUCCUGCAUUUGUCCAGCUCAUUUGUCCUGCUUUAAGGGUUUGUAUUAUAUGUAAUGAUGAAAGAAAGAGUCUACAAGAUGAACAAGAAAUCAAAAACUUUUCGUUUGUACAACAU